CGCAACAUGCGCCGAAACUCGCAUAGCUACCUGUGCGCAGGGAGCAAGUGACAGGUCAGAGAGGAGCAGAUCAUGGAUUUACUAAAAGGAAUAAAUUAUUUAUAAUUUUGGGUUUCGUGCCGGGCCUUAAAUUUGUCAGAAGCCAUCGGGCCUGGGUAGGGCUCUAAAGUAGUACUGCUUUAAUGAGGAAGUCACGGUUGAUAUAAUGACCUGAGGCCAAGCAAACCGGUUUCAUACCUUGGCUGACACUCCCUCACCGCUGCUUAGAAACAAACACUUCGAUAUCCAAUAUUCCCUCCGUCAAUACCGUCUAUUCUCCUGACUAGGCAUGGGUCGAACUACAGCCCCUUUGCCAAAUGAAAACCUCAAGAUACAACUGAACGGGAAUAACUUAAAACGCGCCAUUUGUAAGAAAAAUGGAUACCACAAUAAGCCACAGAACGACACAGUAAAUGGUGCUGGUCCCCGCUCCAGUCGGCAGAGGUUUCAGAGACCAGAAUCCUUUGAGCAGGCUCCCAUGUACGUAGCCGUGAUGACAUACCUGGGGUUCGGCAUCGUCACACUAUUUGGGUAUUUCAGAGACUUCCUCAGAGCAGUGGGCCUGGAGAAAUGCCACAUCGCCAAGGAGAGAGAGGAGCAGAAGGAUUUUGUCCCCCUGUAUCAAGACUUUGAGAACUUCUACACCCGUAACCUGUACAUGAGAGUAAGAGACAACUGGAACAGACCAAUCAGCAGUCUACCUGGCCCGGUGUUUGACGUGAUGGAGAGGGUGUCCCCAGACUACAACUGGACAUUCAGGUUAACAGGGAAGACCAUAGAAAACGUGAUCAACAUGGGUUCCUAUAAUUACCUGGGUUUCGCUGAGAACGACUCUGAUUUUAUGAAGACUGUGGCAGACAGAACCCAGCAGUAUGGCCUCGGGGUCUGCAGCACACGACAGGAAAUGGGAAACCUGGCUAUCCAUGGGGAGUUGGAGCAGCUUGUCGCCACCUUCCUGGGGGUGGAGUCCAGCAUGGCCAUGGGUAUGGGCUUCGCUACCAAUUCCAUGAACAUACCGGCGCUGGUCGGCAAGGUGGACAAGGGCCCCAAGUGGACAGGGGUCGAGGAUGGUGUAUCGCCGCAGGUGAUGCUAAGCCCGCAGAUGUGCCGUGCUGCAGCUCUCAUAGCGCUCGCAGUCGUCACCUCCAGGCCGCGGUUGCAUGACGAAGGCGGGGGCGUUCAGACUCCGGAGCUCAUACCUCUCAUCUCCU